AUGGCCAUUGCCAAAAGUCAUAGCCGCGUGGCGGACAGUGUGGUCCGAAAGCACAAAGGCAUCACGUUGUUUGGCUUCAUUCGCCAUCACAAAUCCGUAGACGUGACAGUAGAGAACACUUCAUCAUCUCGACGCUCUACUCGCAAACACAAGCGCAGCUUAACGGGAAGGCAGAAACCACAGCUCGAGUGCAACGGCAGCAAUGAGCAACCGCACAAGCAAGUCAAGUCUACAGUCUACGAUCGUUGCUACAAUGACGCAAUGAAUCUCAAGUCGCGGCUACGUCGCGAUAAUUCCAAGCCGGCCACGCGCUUCCGCUUUGCGGUCAUGAAGCGCGUGAUCGUACCACCCGUGUCUAUCCCCAAGUCAAUCGCUGAGCAUCGAGGUAGCAAGGAUUUGGUCGGCGGCUUCCGCGUGCCUUUCACGCGUUAUAUGUGGGAGACAGAAAAGAUGCGCCAGCAACUGGUGCUGAGACGACUCUACAUGCUCCCGAUCGUGCGCGAGGACACCUGCCUUUAA